CCUUUUCCAAUGUGUUGUGAGUCUGCUGGUAGCAAAACCUCACAUUACUGCACAUUACAGUUCAUUAUUUAAAUCAAGCGACCGUGGUCUUAAGAAGGGCUGUAUAUUGCGGAAUACCAUGUCAGACACGGAGACCAAGCCCUCAAGUGAUGGAGGCGAGAAGAAAGAUGGAGAAUAUAUUAAACUGAAAGUGAUCGGUCAGGACAACAGCGAAAUUCACUUCAAAGUGAAGAUGACGACACAUUUAAAGAAGCUGAAGGAAUCCUACAGUCAGAGACAGGGAGUACCCAUGAACUCUCUAAGGUUUCUUUUCGAGGGGCAGAGAAUUGCAGAUAACCAGACCCCCAAAGAGGUACAGUACAUACUUCCAUGAGUAAAACUGCAACAG